AUGUCUACGCCCUCUCUAGACCAGCAGGACACAGAGUCCGUAUCCUCCGUCGACAGCUUUGACCCAGCUCCGACUCUGGUCCUCAAGAAAAUCACCAGAGAAGAAGCGCUAGAGCAAACCAGCGAGCAUAUCGGCAAGAUGGGCAAAUCGAAGUUUCCCGACAAACUCUUGAAGCCAGCAGUAUCGAAGUGGCUGACUGAAUCUGUUCUUCGUGUUCUGCCUCCUAAGAUGAAGCACACCGUUCAUGCCUGGUGCCUGAGUCACGAUCCGAUGUGGUUUAACAAACUUUCCGAAUUUAUCGAUGAAGAUAUCUCAGAGUGGGAAUAUACCGUCGAAGUCCCCAACCAGCGAAAAGACAUGGAGCUGGGAUUUUGCCGCGUUGCUGUCGCUGUUGCUGUCGCUGUCGCUGUCGCUGGUGCUGGUGCUGGUGGGAAAGAUGAGGUCUUCAGAUUGCCUAGGGACCGGGUGGGUGGAAAGAUGAGGUCUUCAGAUUGUUUAGGGACUGGGUGGAAAGAUGAGGUCUUCUGA